GCUUUAAAACCCAAACACCGUGCGCUUAGAAUUGUGGGUAAACAUGUCUGCGCCCUGUCUCCGUCCCGAGGACCACCUUACCAGCGUGAUCAUUGAGUUGUUACAAUUGUAAAUAAGAGUCUCUAACGACAGAGCAGCGGACUGUUUGUGAAGAUGUCGGAGAAUACUCUGGAGGACGGCGUCUCUGGAAAAGGGCUCUCAAGAGCUGUGAUUGCUGAAAUGCUGGCGAAGAACUUCGAAAAACUGCCUGACAUUGAUCAGAAAAUCUUCAUCUAUGGACCCAUGUAUCUGGGGGGGAAUGGUGGCCUGGCAGGAUUGAUAUCCAACAGCUUGUAUCGCAGAGCUCUGAAUAUCACACAGGCGCGCAUCGCCUCCAGCCUGCCGAUGGCCGUGCUGCCCUUCCUCACAACAUUUGCCCUGUACAACGCAGCAGUGUCGGGGCCCCUCCUGUCCGGUGACCUCAACUGUCCCACCUGUGCCCUGAUGCGAGGUGCACUUGUUGGUGUGGUCGGGGGCGGGGUGUACCCCAUCCUCCUGGCCUUACCUGUGAAUGUUGGGCUUGCAACCAGGUACAGCACAGCCCCGAUGCCAGAGAAGGGCAAUCAUCUCCGGUAUUGGGCGGACCUCUCCAGACCGAUUCUGAGGAGAAUGAGGGCUGUGCUGGUGCUGCAGGUUUUCUUCGGCACCUACCUGAGCUCCAGGCACUUUGAAACAUACACCAAACUUGCUAAGAUAACAUUUGACCCAGCUGGAGAAGAACGCAAAGACUGAAAUGUAUUCACCCUUAAAAUAAACAUGUUUUCAUUGAUAAGUUGUGUUGUAUGCUUCACCACAUUCGCCAUCUCAUGUGGAUUAUGCUUGAAAUUUCACUCCAAAAAUAAAAUAAGGGCGUGAGCGGUAUUUCUAAAAUUGCCAUGUCAAGAUGAACUUUAAACUAUUUUCAUAAAUUCCCAGUUUGUUUGUUUUUGGCACAGGGUAAGAGAAUCAGUUUCCUGUGUUAAACUGUUACCAACACUUUACAUCAUCCUAAUGUUCUUUAGAAUUUGAAACAUAAUCGUCAACAAUUUAGAUAAUCCUUUAAUUGUCAAUGUCAUUUUUAUAAAGCAUAAUGACGAACACAGUUCCAAUCUCUCAAAUGUGCAGUUGUAUUCUGUUUUAUAACCUUUUUAAUUCAAUAUCUUUGGAUUUUGGACUGUUGGUUGUUCAAAACAAGCUAUUUAAAGGAGAAAUUGUGAUGCAGCUACCGCUAUUUUGCGACGUGUUUCAGACAAAAUGAUUAUCUGAUCAGUAAUACAUACAGUACCUGUCCAAAGUUUGGACACGGUUUCCCACUCAGUGAAUGAGAAAGUGUAUCCAAACCUUUGACUGGUACUGAUAUUGUAAAGAAAGCCAUUUGAAGGUUCAAAAUAGGGUUGCAACUGACUGUAGAUUGCCUAAUUAAUUUGACUUUUGUCCCUCAGCUUUGACUUAUGUCUGAAUUGCAAAAAUCUUGCAAUGUGUGGAUUUCAUGCAUUUUUGUUCCUCAAACAUUUAGAAAAUGUCUACAUGCAAAUGACAAAGUGUUUUUUUAUCAAUAAAAUGUCAGGGCUCAUUCAUUAUAUUAAAAAGCCUGAUUGUGUGGAUUCGUUGCAAUUCUGUUUCAACGUUUUGUUCAAGUCAUGAAACUUGAACAGGCAGAAAAAUGGAAAUCAAUCAAACCAAGUACGGACAAAAACAAAAUGAACGGAAGGCAAUCCACUAAGCAUGGUUAACUUUUAUUAAAGGAUUUUAAGGUACCAGUCCCAAAUGUUACUGCGAUGUAAGAACCAAAAUGGUGUCUGCUUGGCCUCAGUAACCAUGAAAAGCAUUCAAUGAACUCCAGUCCUUGGAUAAUGCAGCAAUGUAUGUAGG